AUGAACACGCUCAUUGAAGUCGUAGCACUUUUUCUAGGUUUUGUUAGUUGGAUAUUGACUCUUAUAACACUAGAAGAUCAGCACUGGAGGGAAUCCAGUCAAGACGGCAGUGUUAUAUUAACUUCUAAUCUCUAUGAGAACCUAUGGAUGUCUUGUGCAAGUGAUUCAACGGGGAACUAUAACUGUCGUGACUUUCCAUCCCUUUUUGCUCUUCCAGGCUACAUUCAGGCCUCUCGAGCACUGAUGAUUGCUUCAAUUGUGUUUGGGUCGUUUGGCCUGGUGGCUACGCUUGUAGGAAUGAAGUGCUCGAAAAUAGGUGGAGAAAACUAUGUUCUAAAGGGGAAGAUUGCUGCAGUUGGAGGAGUGUUUUUUUUACUGCAAGGGCUUUGCACCAUGAUUGCCGUGUCUUGGUACGCAGCAAACAUCACCCAGCAGUUCUUUGACAUUCUUUACCAAGGGACAAAGUAUGAGCUUGGAGAGGCGCUUUAUAUUGGCUGGGCUUCAGGCACGCUUGCCAUUUGUGGAGGCUCGUGCCUGCUGUGUUCCUGCGGAAUUAUGACUGACAGUGAAAAAAUACCGUAUCCACUCCAACCAUCCUCCAGAGGACACGUGCGAUCAACUGUGGCACCCUCUCAGUCUGUCAACUAUGACAGAAACGCAUAUGUCUAAGAAGUUAAUGUGUAGACGGAAAAGUAAGAAUCUUUUCAGAAUCUUUCUGAAAGAGACAAUGAGUAAAAAAAAUAAAUCUGGUAUCAUUUAUAGGGGACAUAAUGAAAACUGUGACAGUAUAAUAUCAAUUACGGUCAUAGGUUCCAGGACAAAAUCUGUUACAGUAAGUAAAUUUUGAUGCAAAAGUCACACUUCCAACUAAGCACACAGU